AUGAAGCGUGUAAAAAAACAUAGGAUCAAACGGGAAAUCCCAGAAUCGUCCCAAAUAAGACACGAAGAGCACGAUUUAGCCUAUUACAUACAUGAUAGAGUCGAGCUGAUGCAUCAGGUUUUUUCGGUUUUGAAACACAAAGAGUUAAGAGCAAUGGCACCGGAAUGUAUCCGACAUAUAUCCCUUGAUGAUUUGCAGGAGCUGUGUACUGAAGAGCUUCUUGGUAUAAGUUCAAAACGUCUUUGUGCCAUCUUAGAUGGAGCCGAUCCUCCUUCCAACACAGAAUCUUCUAGCUCAUCUCCAGAGAGGUUUGAGACCAUAUCCCUUGAUAGCAUCUCCUCAGAUGAAGAAAUAUUAAGUCAAGGUAGCUCUAAGAGAAAUAAAAAACAUAAACAUCACCGCCACUCAAAGUCCAAGCAUAAAGAUAAGCAUAAAGAGUCACAGAAACCUGAUGAAGAUGAGAAUAAUAAGGCAUCUCGUGCGGGUCUCACUGUUUUAGAGCUAUUAGAGUUGCAGGCCCGAGCCAGGGCCAUACGGGCACAGUUACAACAACAUCAAGCUUUGGUAUCUGCAGAGCAAACAGAAAAUCAAGCUUCAUCAUCGGGUGAUGAUGACGAGGUGGUGAUUAAAGAAGAGGCUCCUGAGGUUGUAGAGAUUAGCAGUGAAGAUGAAAAGCCAAGCGUACAGGAAUUACAAAGAGUAGUUGAAAGUACUAAACCCAAGGAGACACCAGUUGAAGAAAAUACUAAUACCGUAACAAAAAGAAUUAAUGAUCUUAUUAUAACUGUACCUCAAACAAAAGCAACAAGAAAGAUUAAACUUAACAGACCGAAAUCUACUAAAAAAGACAACGUACUUUCAAAAGAAAAAGCAGAACCACCAAAAACAGUUCCUUUACCAAUUGGCAAAGAUAUAGUAAAGGACAAAAAGAAAAAGAAACAAAAGAAAAAAGAUAAACAGAAGGAUGGCAGUGAUCACGACGAAAUUACAUUACAACUAUCAGACUCCGAAAAGAUGGAUCUUUUAGAAGACUUUGAUAGAAAUAGAACUUCAAGUGAAGAUUCAGAGAGUAGUUCAGAAACAAAUCAAUCAAGUUCAAUGAGUAAUGACAAAUAUUCUAAAAAGACAAAUAAAACAACUAACUCCAGUCAUCCUAAUCUGGAAGCAUCUAGAAGUGAAUCUAUUGCAAAUGAUGCUACCAUUCUUCACCAAAAUAAAAUAAUGGAAGAAGCACAAGAAAUACCUGAAACGGAUAAGAGAUCGGAAGAUAAAAGCAAAAAUAUAAAGGAAAACAAAUCUGAAACAGAAGUUUCGGAGUCAUGUGACGGCAUGGCGGUUGAUGAACGCGAAAUUACAUCUGUCAAUCAAGAAAAUGGUAACGAAAAUAUUGAAAAAGUUCCCGUUGAAAUUGAGACAGAAACUUUAGAUAAAAUUGAUGCCAUGGAAUUACUAAAAGCUACACAAAACCAUGAAAUUGUGGCAUCUGGAAGUGAGAAUAAAAAUAAUAUUAUACAAAAUAAAGAAUGUCAAAUAUCGAACGGUUUAGCAAAAACAGAACUAGAAGAGACAAAUAGCGCUGAAGAUGGGGAAAUAGUAAACAGGAACUUAUCCGAUGGCGAACUAUCCGAGCACAGCAUAGCAGAGCAAAGUAUCGAAACUGAAGUAGUUUGCAUUUCUGAUGAAGAGAGUAAAACUAAAAAGAAAAAGAAGAAAGAUAAGAAAUCUAAAAAAAGUAAGAAGUCGGAUUUUCGCGAAAGCGCUGACCAAAACUUUUAUAAAAUACAGACAACUGACAAUGCAGAGGCUAAAAGUACAGUCGUUCUUAUAGAUUUGGAUGAAGAUAAAACACAUUUGAGUGCAAAUGAAAAGCUUGACAGUAACAAUUUAGUCACAGAUGAUAAAUUGAACAUAAAGGAGAUAUUAGAUACAGAUGAAUCUUUAGAUGACGUUUUUGAAUAUUUAGAACUAUCUGACGAUUCUUCUUGUUUUGAAGUGGAAGGAAUUUCUAUUUUAUCAAAAGAACCAACUGCUAAAGAAAUUGCUGCUCUCUCAGCUAAGAUAGAUGAUAUAAAAAGAGAAGAUGUGAUCACUGAAGAGGAGAUACGAGAAUUCGAGAGAUUAGAACACGAAAGAAAUGAAUUUGAAGAAGUUGAAAAUAUUUCUUGGAAGGACAGAUAUUUAGAGAGUAAAAAAGUUAAAUCCGUACUGUCCACAGCCAAUAUUCUUAAUGCAAUGAGAAGAAAGAAUAAAAAAUUAAAGAAACACAUAGAAGAAACGAAAAAAGAUCAAGUAGAAGUAACCACUGAAGAAACUCCAUUGUUAGCUAGAAAAGAUCAAUUAAUAGAAGGAUCUAUACAGCACUACAACACAUUACAAGGAUCUACGAAAUUUGUUGACCCUGUUAGGGAAGACGAGGUCGUCACUGAAAAAGUUUCUAAAGAAAUGGAGAAAGACGCUAAGCAAUUAUUAAAAAUGUAUAAAAAACUAUUGAAAUACAACAAUAUGAAUAAAAAGAAAGAUCCAAAUAAAAAGAGAAAGAAAAAACAAAAGAAAAACAAAGAGAAGCAUAAAGAUAGUGAUAAGAGUAUAAGUUAA